CCCCUCGCCGCCGUCCCGCCCUCGCCCUCAAACCCAAACACUCCGGGUGCUGGUGCGCGUGAUCUCCCAGUGGUCUCUCGGGCGGAGAGAUGCUGCUUCUGGCUGCUGCCGGCCUCGUGGCCUUCGUGCUGCUCCUUUACAUGGUGUCGCCGCUCAUCAGUCCCAAGCCCCUCGCGCUGCCCGGCGCGCACGUAGUGGUCACGGGAGGUUCCAGUGGCAUCGGAAAGUGCAUUGCUAUCGAGUGCUUUAAACAAGGAGCAUUUAUAACUCUGGUUGCACGAAAUGAGGACAAGCUGCUGCAAGCGAAGAAAGAAAUUGAAAAACAUUCUAUCAAUGAUAAACAGGUGGUGCUUUGUAUCUCAGUCGAUGUGUCUCAAGACUAUAACCAAGUGGAGAAUGUCAUAAAACAGGCACAAGAGAAGCUGGGUCCUGUGGACAUGCUGGUCAACUGUGCGGGGAUGUCUCUGUCAGGAAAGUUUGAAGAACUUGAAGUUAGUACUUUUGAGAAAUUAAUGAGCGUAAAUUACCUGGGCAGCGUGUACCCCAGCAGAGCAGUGAUCAGCACCAUGAAGGAGCGACGGGUGGGCAGAAUCGUGUUCGUGUCCUCUCAGGCAGGACAGUUGGGGCUGUUCGGUUACACGGCCUACUCUUCUUCCAAGUUCGCCAUAAGAGGAUUGGCAGAAGCUCUGCAGAUGGAGGUGAAGCCUUAUAAUGUGUAUGUCACUGUGGCCUACCCACCGGACACUGACACCCCAGGGCUGGCAGAAGAAAACAAAACGAAGCCCCUGGAGACCCGACUUAUUUCAGAGACGACAUCUAUUUGCAAACCAGAGCAGGUGGCCAAGCAAAUUGUCAAAGAUGCCAUACAAGGAAAUUUUAAUAGUUCCAUUGGCUCAGAUGGGUACAUGCUGUCCUCCCUGACCUGUGGGAUGGCCCCAGUGACUUCUAUCACUGAAGGACUCCAGCAGGUGGUCACCAUGGGCCUUUUCCGAAUCAUUGCUUUGUUUUACCUUGGAAGUUUUGAUAAUAUAGUUCGCCGCUGCAUGGCACAGAAAGCAAAACCCGAAACUGUAGACAAAACUGCCUAAUUCUUGCCCCUUGGACAAAAGACUGUAUCCAGUGAUUUGAACAGCUUGCUGCUAAUGGAACUCAAUCUUCAGCUUCCAGACUUUUGUGUCUUGUUUUUGAAUGUGUGAGAUUGGACCCACUGCUCUUCAGAAAUCUGGCUGCAAGCAAAGGGACAGAGUUCUUCUCUACAAUAUUACUGUUAACACUAUGCAAAUAUGGACCAGGACACCAUUUGGUUUCUCUGGGCUUUGAGACAAAGUGGUGAUUGUGUAAGAACUAGUACCAGGAGACCAGGGUAAAGAAUAGAUAGACUUCCAGAAUGGUAAAUUCAAUUUUUUCGUUUAUCCCCCUUUUGUGCACUGAGAUCAAGGAGUGUAUUUUGUGACACAUGAAGAACCUUCGGGGUUCCUCUUGAUUUUUGGUUUUAAUUUUUCAUGAAAGAUGGUGUCUGGGUUUUUAUGAGUUUUUGUUUUUUAAUUUUUUCAUUGUAUGUUAUUCAAGGUGUGUCUUCCACGUAGCUGGUGGGUCGGGCUGUCAGCUCCUGUGCUGUGCUUGGGACUCGCUUCUGCCAGUGAAGCUGGCUUCUCUCUCUCUGAUCCCAUAAGACACCAGGGGGAUGAGCGAGCAGUGCAGAUGAGGUGAGGGGCUGAGUCCUUUGCACCGGCAAAUGGGGCUUUCUUCUUCAGACUGGUGUUUAGAACAUUUUCACUUUUUAUUCGCGGGGAAAGGCAGCCUUUUCACCUGGUUUUUGAAUAGAAAUAAAAUCUCACAGAAGCUUAAAAGUUUACAGUUUCUUCAAUAGCCAUGAUGACCUGAAGUUCACAGUUCCUUUCCAGCUCAGUCUCUGUGUUCUUCCCAACUCUCGUCUUCUCUUCUUGCUUAUUCUUCUAUAAUAUUUUUGUAAAAAAAAGAAAAAAAGAAAAAGAUGGAGGCAAGUGCAGCCUUUUUUGACCUUCCUAAUUCAUGAAUUCAUUAAAACAAAAAAAUUAAAAGCAUUACAUUCUUCUAUUUUUGGUUGUUCCCCCCUUUUGUGCACUGAGAUCAAGGAGUGUAUUUUGUGACACAUGAAGAACCUUUGGGGGUUUCUUUUGAUUUUUGGUUUUAAUUUUUCAUGAAAGAUGGUGUCUAGCCUUUCAUAGCUAAGCCGCCUCUGCAGUCCAAAUUCUUAUCCUCACAGCACACAUGUAGCUUUCGGGAAGUUGCUGGUUGAUGGAUUUUGAAGACCCUCUUCCUGGAAGUAAGAUGUCCCAGUGUCUUCAAUGUGUUAAGGAGACCUCUGGCCCUCUUAACUGCAGCCUGCAUUCACGGCUGUGGGUGGGGUCUGCCAUUCAUUGAGUGGGUCUGUGUCAAGUGCCUAUGACGAGUCUAGCCCAUAUCCCCACUCAUUCUGUUCACUGUGCAGCUCAAGGACAGUUAUCUCUGCCUGGAUGUUUUGUCCUGUCCUCCUUGUAUACAAAGUAGUGCAUCCCAGUUCAUUACACUGGGAAAAUACCUCUGCUGUCAAAGAAAAAACUUUUUAACUGUUAAAAAACGAAUAAAAGACACAACAGCAAAGAAAGCUAUUGAAAACCUAGACAUUAUUGCCGUGACAGGCAUUUGUUUUUUGCUUUUCUCUGUUUCCUUUUUCUCUUUCCUUUCUUCCUUUUUUUCUAAUGGAUUUUGUUUUUGACCUGGUCCCCUGCCUCAGCCACCUGAGUGCUAGCACUACAGAUAGCCAUGUACCAUCAUAGUCAAUGACCCGUGGUUUUUUUGGUGUUGGUGGGUUUUUUUUUUUCUCUUUGAAUUUUUCAAGCUUUUGAGUUUAUGGUGGCUUAGUUUUCAUUAAUAAGGUAUUUAAUGGCCCCUUCUUUAUCAAGAACAGAGAAGAACGUAUUUUAAAUAUAAUUACAGAGACUUUAUUAUGUGCAUUGCUUCUUAUGACUUCUUUCUGUGUACAGGAGUAGGUGGACAGUGCCACAAUAGUUCCAGAACCCCUCCAGUCUGAUCUAGCCAAAGUUCACAACUUAUGUCACAUUGGACAGCUGCUGGGGUGGAGCACUGGGGAUAGGUUCCCAAGUCACAGGAAACAAGUGCAUCCCUAUGUGGACAAUUUCCUGUUUUAUUUUCUUGUCAAUGUUCACAGGCAGUUGGUACUUUCUACUAUUAUCUGUUCAAAUCUAGUCCAAGGUGGAGCCUGACAAAGUUACAAUUAACUUUUUUCAUUAUCCCAUUUUCAGACAGUCUUCAUGUAGAAUGAUGGCUGUGUGAAUAAUGCCUGAAAUAAAUUGAAAAGCCUUGUUUCAUGGUGGGAGAUGCUAACCCUAUCCCAGUUUAAACUCAGGUUUGCAAACCAUGAUGCCACGGCAUACGCCUUUUUGUCCAAGAUGUUAGAGGCCCCAACACACUCAUUCAGAAAAGCUCUGAAUGUGCUUUAUUUUUUCCUUCUAAAGUUGAUACCAUAAUUCAUUUGUCAGCAAAACUUGAACUUGUGAGAGUAUUGUAGUUUUUAAUCCAUGUCAUAUCAGCACCAUGUGCCUGUUUGUUAACUUUACGAGACUCCACGCAAAUAUUGUGUGUAUCAGUAUGUGCUUCCCAUUACCUUUGAAAAGUCCAACAGACAGUGAACUUUGAAAUGUGGGCUUGGAAUGCAACAUUAAUGCAGUGUCCCACAAAACUGUGAUUUCAUCCCAGAUGUGGAAAUGCUGUUUUUCUGCUCAGGAAAAGAAUGGCUUGGCAGGGGACAGUCCAAUUGUUAGGGAAAUUCUGCUUUUUUUUUUCUUGAGAGUUGACCGCAUGGCAUUCUUUACCACACAUUAAGGCAGAGUCCCACCACUGAGUUACUAAACCCAGCCCUAGGCUUACAGGUCUGCUGAAGUGUUUCCUCUGAGUGACCAAGAGCUUGUGGGGUUUCAGUUCUGAGUGCCUGUUCUGCUGGCUUGGGUUGUAUUAUUUUAUUGUAAUAUAUCCUAUGUUUAUUUGAAAAUUAAUGUCACUCUGCUAUGUAAAUUCCAACAUUAAUUUAGGAACCCUUCAUAAUUGAGAAUGAAUAGGAAACAAUCUCGACUUAUUUAUUUAAAAAUUUAUUUAUUUAAAAAGAAAAAGAGUCAGGAACUAGGGAAGUGAUUGAGGGCCUGGCUCUGAUUCAUCAGCCAUGUCCAAAAACAUCUUUCACUAAAGUUAUUCCUUCCUAUAAUCUUACAAUUUAAUAAUUGACACAGUUGAUUAUUUACAAUGUUGUGAUCUCUUUCCAUUAAUACUUACAUAUAAUUUAGUGGUAUAUAUUUUUCUGGAUCUGUUAAGUCAUAUAUUGCUUCCUGUAGAUGACUUCCUGGUAGUUAGAAGAUGAGAACAUUUCUGUAACGGUUGCUUCAAUUCACACAGUUGUACACGUUUGUUUCAGUGAAUUACAUCAUCAUAUUUAAAUUUAUUAUAUUGUGUUCUAAUUGGAAGAUGUCUUACUCAAGGCCACAGUUAAUACUCAUAUGUUUUGCUAGAAGAUGUGUUGUGUCUAUCUUAUUUCCCCUAGUCCUUAGGAUCCCAUCUUUCUCAAGCCCCUGCUGACCACCACCCUCCAGUUCUGGACCGGAUCCUGUUCUAAUGGAGGGCUGUGGGUUUGAUAUUUUGAAAAGGAGACAGUUGCCAUUAUAUUUUAUACUUGUUUGAGGUGAGAACUCUGAAGACAUUUUUACAUUGACAAAGAACACAUGGCUAUUUUGAUACAUUUUAGGAAUGGGUUGCUGCUCUAGAAGCUUUUGUGGCAUUACUGUAAUAGAAUUUUCAUAUCUUGUAUUUCUGAAUUACACACACAAAAUAAAUGGGGAACAAGCUUUA